AUGGCCCAUGCUACACCCGAUUUCCAUGCCAUUCAUAGCUCAAGCCCGAUUACUACCCUUCGCUUCUCUCAGCAGGCACCAGUGAUCCUUGAACGUCAAUUACACUCAGAAAAAAAUUUAAUCUCUGCGUUAAUAGGUAAACAAGAGGAGCCAGAAAAAUAUGGCAUAAUAGAGCAACUGUUCUUCUCCUGUCUACAAACCGGCGAUGAUAGGUCUGCUCUGUUAUGUCUCGAGCAAUUGACACGUCGUUUCGGCUCUUCGAAUGAGAAAGUAAUGGGGCUGCGUGGCCUGUAUGAGGAGGCUAUAUGCGAAAAUCAAUCUGAUCUGGAGGAUUCCCUGCGUAAAUACGAUUCCUACCUGUUGGAGAACCCACUUAAUUUGCCUAUUCUAAAGCGCCGUAUCGCGCUCUUGCGUUCACUUGCAAGGCCUGCAGAUGCUAUAACAGGCUUGGUAGAGCUCCUAAAAGCAGUGCCUACCGAUGCAGAGGCUUGGUGUGAACUUGCAGAUCUAUAUCAAUCUCAAGGAUUAAGCUCACAAGCAAUAUUCAGUCUCGAGGAGGCCCUGUUAAUCGCUCCUAAUGCUUGGAAUAUUCAUGCUCGCCUUGGAGAAGUUCUAUACAUCUGCGCCCGCGCUGCAGAGACAGAAGUUACCUCUCGGUAUUUGCGAAGAUCAAUCCAGUAUUUUUGUAGAAGCGUCGAGCUAUGUGACGAUUAUCUUAGAGGAUUUUAUGGCUUAAUCUUGGCGACUUCGCUUCAGCUUGGGAGAGAAUACACAAUGGAUUUUUCACAGGCGUCAGCGUCAGCGUCAUCGGAAGAUUUCUUGCCCAAAGAGAAGGUCGAGAAACUGAAUCUUCUCGCCAGAAGAAAACUCGAGGAUAUUGUGAAACAGCGGUCUGUGAACCGCCAGCUUUGGGAGCAUGCGCAAGGUGAACUCAUUGCAGCCAAAGAGCUUCUCGACCGCGAGUCAUGUUAA